AUGAAUCAAGACAUUAAAAGGACAAGAAAGAUUCCAAAUUACCGUGUGAAUACUUUUAUGAGCGCUCCUGCGCAUCCUUUGGGUAUCAAACCAUCUGGAAAUGCUCUUUUACAAGGUUUAGAUACAAAAAAGGACAAAGAACUUAGGAAAAAGUAUUUGGGAAAGUUAGCUGAAUUCCCAGAGGAAUUGCUUGUAGAACUGCUCUCCUAUGUGAGUGAACCUAAAGAUAUGCAGAACUUAGGGUGUGCCUCUCGAAUGCUUUAUGCAUACACAUAUGAAGAGGAGAUUUGGAGGAAAUUCUACACUAGAGAAUUUAGCAGAUUGGAAAGGGAACAAGGUAUAUCAAAUAAAGAUUCCCAGAUAUAUCCAUAUAAUUGUAAAAAAUGGAGAGGGUCUUGGAGAAGGACGGUAUUAAAAUUGGAAGAAGAACAGGAGGUUUGUCUUCAAUGUAAUGACAUAUUAUUUUCUGAUAUACUGUACAGACCUUAUCAGUGUUCACAUAUUGAUUAUCAAAAUCUGUUUAGAAAGAUAAUCGAUUUUGAGAAAGGAUCUUUUGAUUUGGGAUAUAAUAUGAACCAGGAGUUUGGAAUUGAUAGGUUUGAAAAUUCAGAUUUUGCUUGGGAUAAAUUCAAGAACGAAUAUAUAAACAAGCCCUUUAUUUUACAAUCAAAAAAAGAGCCAAAUAGAUGGCCAUCGUGGGACUUGGAAUACUUGGUAAGCAAAUAUCCUCAAGUAAGUUUUCGUCAGGAAGCUGUGAAGUGGGAGUUAUCUUUAUAUGCCGACUAUUGCCAUAAAAACAAUGAUGAGUCUCCGUUGUAUUUGUUCGAUUGCAACAGUGAGGCUAUGUCCCAAAUCAAAGAUAAAUACCAACCACCUGAAAUAUUCUGUAAUGACUAUUUUACGUUAUUCCAACAAGAUGGUAUCAAUUGCAGACCAGACCAUAGAUGGUUGAUCGUUGGGCCCACAAGGAGUGGGUCCACUUUUCAUAAAGAUCCAAACCAUACCUCUGCCUGGAACACAACCUUAAGCGGGAUGAAACUAUGGGUCAUGCUACCACCGGAUGUAAAACCUCCUGGGGUUUCCACAGAUGAGGCUGAGGAGGAAGUUACAUGCCCUGUUGGUAUUGCAGAAUGGAUUCUGUCCGGGUACUACAACGAUUCGGUGAAACUAGCUCAACAGGGACAGUGUAAGAUAGCGGUAACAUUUCCAGGAGAAUGCUUGUAUGUACCAGCAGGAUGGUGGCACACUGUAAUUAAUUUAACUGAUUCUGUAGCUUUAACUGAAAACUUUGUCCCUGAGCCUAUAUUACCCAAGGUGCUAAAUUUCUUUAAAAAUAAAAAGAACCAAAUAUCUGGAUUUCAUCUGAAAGAUUUAGCAACUUCAAUUGAGAUGUUUUUACGGAACAAUAACGAGUGCAAUAACGAGUGCAAUCGACUCGAAUUAUUCGUGAAAUUUUUAAAUACCAGAGAACAAUCAAAUUUAGAUAAUGAAGACUGUGGUGUUUUAAAUACUUUACAGUUCGAUCCUCCAAUUUACGAAUUUUUUUUAGAAUUGAUUUCAAAGUCCGAAUACAGGGAUAAAUUACCUGAAGCAAUUGAAAAGUUGGUCAUCAUGGAGGAUGAGGAGGCUAGAAAGAAGGAGCUUUCACUAGCCAGAGAACACGUUAGAAGGUCUGCCACAUGGAACAAACUCACAGAGCAAUCUAAUGAAUUAUUUUCGUUCGGUUUUGGAGAUAGUAAUUAG